AUGCCUGUUGUCGGCGAGGAUGCUGAGAUUUUCGAUCGCGUUAUCGCGAUGCUCAAAAAGUAUUUGGAAUUGGCAGAGGAUCGUGAAGAGAAAGUCAUUGACUUUAAAGAGCCGAGGGAGAUUGAUGAAAUCAUGCGCGGAUGUGGUUGUGAUCUCUCGCUGGAGGAUGGUAAGCGUGUUGGUGCUGAAGCCAUCAUUUCAGCAUGUGCGGCUACGCUCCGCCUCUCGGCACGCACAGGACAUCCUCAAUUUUUUAAUACACUUUUUGGUCGCUCUGACGUCUGUGGUGUGGUAGGAGAGAUGCUCACCGUAGCGUGCAACACCAGUGCGUAUACGUUUGAGAUCGCUCCUGUGUUCGUUAUGGUCGAAGCCAGUGUUAUCGAUAAAACGGUGCAGUUGCUGGGAUUCGAACCUGGGACGUCGGAAGGCCUCUUUGUCCCGGGUGGGUCCAUCGCUAAUCUGUACGGGCUUCAACUUGCGCGAUUUUUCAAGUUCCCCGAGGUUAAACAUAAAGGAAUAUACGCCAUCAAAGGAGCGCUCGUGGGUUACUGCUCGGAGGCUUCUCACUACUCUUACAAGAAGGCCGCGCACCUCAUGGGAAUCGGCGAAGACAAUAUCAAAGAGAUAGCGAUCGACGGUCGUGGAAAAAUGGUAGUUGACGAGCUCACGAAGCGAAUUGAAAAUGAUAUCGCGGCUGGGCUUCAGCCGCUCUUUGUUGGUGCCACUGCAGGGACAACUGUUUGGGGUUCUUUUGAUGAGCUCACGAGCUUGAGAGCAGUGUGCGAUAAAUAUGGUUUGUGGUUGCAUGUCGACGCGGCCUGGGGUGGUGCCGCUUUACUCGCAUCGACUGUCACUCGGGACCGCCUCUUGAGAGGGGUCGAAAAAGUCGAUUCUUUCUGCUGGAAUCCUCACAAAAUGGUUGGCGUUCCUCUACAGUGCAGUAUGAUCGUACAUAGGAAGGGCCGAGGCCUGUUACACUCUUGCAACGGCACGCAGGCGCCUUAUCUUUUCCAAAAGGAAAAACUCUUCGGCGAAAUGGACCGCGGCGAUUGGACUAUCCAGUGUGGCAGACGUCCGGAUGCAUUCAAGAUAUGGCUUGCUUGGAAACACAUCGGCGACGAGGCUCUGGGUCGUCGUGUUGAAUGGGCGAUCGAACUUUCUCGUUAUGCUGCUGAGAUUAUCAACACCAGUACUGGCCGAUUUUGUGGCCGUUUUGAGCUGCAUCAUGAACCCGAAUACGCCAAUGUUUGCUUUUGGUACUUGCCGCCCUCACUGAAGCACUUGAAACCUGCCAGAGGCCUUCUUACACCGGAUGAAGCCGCGGCACUAAGUCAAGUGAUCCCGUAUUGUAAGAGCCGCAUGCAGGAGUUGGGCUUGGCAAUGAUCACGUUCACCGGCGAAUACAAUUUUUUCAGAUGGACUUUCGCUAAUCCCAGAUCGGUCACUCGCGAGGACAUUGAACUUUCCCCAUUCGGGAACUUCCUAAUUCUGACAUUCGAAGCCCCGCGUAAAGCGACCAACGAUGAUGUCUGCUUGCCUGUGCCUCCUUCAACUGACAUCGUUGAUGGUCAUUGGAUGUCGACUCUGCGACUACCUAAGAAGUUUCUCCCGGCUCCAAGGGAAAAUUCAAAGUCUAUGUUUUCAUUCAACUGUUACCACAUUCAUGGUGAGGAGGAAGAGAGGAAAUACUUUGCGGCGUUUCCUGACACAAGUGAUGAGGUCACGCCUGAUUUUCAUAGACUCCAGUACUUCAAGGACCUUCCCGAUGAUGCUGUUUUCGGCGCUGAAGGCAUUAAGCAAUUGCGUGCUUAA